AUGAAAUUGAUAAUCUUUAUCAUAUUGAUAAAUCUGAUGGAAUGCAGAAAUUAUACAAUAAGUUCAAGUGAUAAUAAAAGCAUUAUUGGUCCAAUAUUUGUAUUCUUAAUAUGGAUUUACAAUGAUUAUUUCAGCAUUUCCAUGCUUAUGGUUUAAUGA